GUGCUGAGGCACGAGGAGUUCACGGAGGGCUGCAAGGCGAGCUGCAACGGCCCUUAUGAUGGAAAAUGGAGCAAAACGAUGGUGGGCUAUGGGCCAGAAGACAACCACUUUGUAGCAGAGUUGACUUACAACUAUGGCAUUGGAGAAUAUCGCCUGGGCAACGACUUCCUGGGCAUAACACUUGUGUCCAGCCAGGCUGUAAGCAAUGCUAAGAAGAUGGGCUGGCCCCUCAAAGAAGUCACAACUGGUGUUUUUGAAGCUGAAGCCCCAGGGGGGUACAAGUUCUACUUGGAAGACAAGGAACAGCUCAAACAAGACCCUGUGCUGAAGGUAACCCUGGGUGUGUCUGAUCUGCAGAAGUCUGUUAACUACUGGUCUGAUUUGCUGGGGAUGAAAAUCUACGAGAAGGACGAGGGGGAGCAAAGGGCUUUGCUGGGCUAUGCAGAUAACCAGUGUAAGCUGGAGCUGAGGGGUGUCGGAGGAGCCGUGGAUCACGGGACGGCGUUCGGGCGCAUCGCCUUCUCCUGUGCAGGGGAAGAGUUGCCAAAGAUUGAAGCACUGAUGAAAAAGGAGAAUCAGAAAAUCUUAACACCUCUGGUUAGCUUGGACACACCUGGCAAAGCCACAGUGCAAGUGAUUAUUUUGGCUGAUCCUGAUGGCCAUGAAAUUUGCUUUGUGGGAGAUGAAGCAUUCAGGGAUCUGUCCAAGGUGGACCCCAACGGUGACAAGCUGUUGGAUGAUGCCAUGGCCGCCGACGGCAGCGACAGGUGGUUUGCUGAGCAGAAAAGGAAGAAGGCUUCUGCCUAG